AUGCAGAAGGUAUGUGAAAAGUUAGACAUAGAGUUAGAAGAAAUUCCUAAUUGGACCUGCUGUGGUGCUUCUCAUGCACAGGGCGUAAAUGAUUUUGCAGCAUUGGUUGUAAAUGCUAGAAAUAUUUCUAUCGCAGAAAACAUGGGGCUGCCUAUUAUGACAGUCUGCAACACCUGUACCCUGCAGCUGCGUAAUGCCAAAAAGCGUCUGGAUAGUGACCAGGCUUUAAAGGAUAAGGUAAAUGGCAUACUUAAGGACAGCGGUCAUCCAUACGAAUAUAAGGGGACAGCUGAAAUUACACAUUUCCUGUGGGUGUUGGACAAGAAUCCAGAGAUUUUGAAUGGAAAGGUAACAAAGCCUCUUACUGGUGUUAAGGUAGCCGCAUAUUAUGGCUGUCAUAUUCUCCGCCCUAAUGAUGUAAUGAAUUAUGAGGAUGGCAAGAAUCCACAUUCCUUUGAAAAGCUGGUAAAGGCUUUGGGCGCAGACCCAGUACCUUUUGAUGAAAGCCGUCUUUGCUGUGGCUUCCAUGCACUUUACCCAGCAGAAGAUGAUGUAAUGCGUGCAGUCGGCAAGAUUAUCACCAGUGCAGACAAGGCUCAGGCACAGGUAAUCGUUACUCCAUGUCCACUUUGUCAGAUGCAGUUUGACAUGUACGGUGAUGAAGGUGUCAGCACUGUAGGUACUGCCUCCGAAUUGCCAAUUCUUCACUUGCAGCAGUUAGUAGGUUUGGCGUUAGGCUUCACCAAGGAGGAGAUGGGCUUUGACAGACAUCUUUACGGAGGCGUAGUUAUGUUUGGUUUAGGUGUACCUGAGUUAGCACUUAUUUUGCUUAUCGGUUUAGUUGUAUUUGGUGCAGGAAAAUUACCAGAGGUUGGGCGUGCCUUCGGUAAAAGUAUUCGUGAAUUUAAGGAAGCCACUACUGAGGACUCCAAGAUGAUUAAUGUUACCGAGAACGAUAAGGAAAGCAAGAAUGUCUGA